CUGAGGCGGUGCACUUUUCAGGCAUCAAAUUUGACCAAUCUAGAAGCACGUUGCUUCUUUGAUGUUUCACUUGCCUUGCUUUCUUUAAAGAAUGGGUCUUUGACUUGUUCAGGCCCACAUUGAUAGCUUGAGCUGGGUGUGGUUCCCUUAUAUAGUUAUGUUUAGUUGGCACACCCCGCAAGCUUGAAACUCCUUAAAAAGUCGGAUCCUCUCCACCUCAGUUCAUUACACUUUUUGUUUUUCUACUCUAUCUCCCUUUUUUCGCAUGAUCUUUCCGUCUGUCUCAACUAUUUAUUGGCAAGCUCGAAUUUAUAGCAGACAUAAUGCCUGUUUUCGCCAAUACUCCUGAGUCUCUUGUAACUCGCACUGACUCGCUUGAUCCGGCGACAACAUGUAAAGGUGUCACCUCGAAUGGCCGGCCAUGUCGCCGUGCAGUAGCGUCUACAGGAUCCUCGCCCUCAGCAUCACCUGCCAAACGCACCAGGCGGCAACAGGUGGAUCCAUCUGAGUUAUAUUGCUGGCAACACAAAGAUCAAGCAGUACCAGUAUCGAAUGGGACAAGCAACAAGCCAAACACUUCUCAAUUACAGCCGAGAUCCAGUAUCGAUACAUUGAUGGACCGCUUAGGGGUCUUGGAUAUCAAUGAUCCACAAGAUGACCCGAAGAAGUAUCGACCAUUGAAAAAGAAGAAGAAAAGCAAGCGAACAUUCUGCUGUUGCUUUGAAAUUAUAGAAGAGGAUGAGCCGCUCCCUCCACGGCCAGUACGUCCGUCGGGAAGCCGUCCAGACGCCUCUUCACAGACUAGGCCCCAGUCGAUGCAACAGGUACCACCCACCACAACACCGCACAAUUCCUCAGCCCCGCAAAACGGAGAAUGGGUCCCUUCAACACUCUCACCUGAAAUAGCCUCAAACCUUACCGCCGAGCUCGCCAAACCACUUUCGGAGAAAGACGAGCCGGGCUAUAUUUACAUCUUUUGGGUCACGCCUUCCACCUCUUCCAGGUCAGCGCCGCCACCUACUGACAUCGCAUCAUCACUAUUCUCUAAGCAUGAGCGCGCGAGCCACGCCAUCCAGAAAGCAAGGGAUCUCCAUGCUUUGUCAUCGAACCCCACCGAUCGCAGCCCUGGCACAAUCCGCCUAAAAAUUGGCCGGGCGAACAACGUACAACGUCGAUUGAACGAAUGGACCAGGCAGUGCUCUAACCACCUGACCUUGAUCCGAUACUACCCUUACACGCCAUCAUCGCCUGGUCCAAGCAAGGGACCCGCACUCGAACCUGGAAGGAAAGUGCCGUAUGUACACCGCGUGGAACGAUUGAUUCAUUUAGAACUAAACGACCAUCGAGUCCGCGAUAUGGGCAAGUGUGAGGAAUGUGGAAAGAUGCAUCAGGAAUGGUUCGAAAUCUCCGCCGAGAAAGAAGCCAUCAGAAGGGUGGAUGAAUGUAUCCGCAGAUGGGUAAGAUGGGCAGAAAGCCAGUGACGGCGUGGUGCAAACGCAUUGAAUGUGACAUAGAUACCGAAC